AAACAAAAACGUUCCAGCUUUCAAAACUUGCUAAGCUGGCACCAGCUUUUGGUCCCACCAGCCCCAGUUAUUGCUCCUUCACGCGUCCCACCAUAGUCCCAUACUCAAAUCCCCACCUCCAUUUCUCUCUUUUUCACACACUUAUAUAUAUAUAUAUAUACCCCUCUUUUGAACACACUCCCUCACAUCACAAGAAGCACAAUUUCUCUCUUUCUUUUUGUGUCCAAAAUGGCUCCUAGUUCUACUCACAAUACUGGGUUCUAUGUGCUUAUGCUAGUUGGGAUAGUGAUUAGCACUAUGGUUGCUACCUGUGCUGGUAGCUUCUACCAAGACUUUGAUCUAACAUGGGGUGGUGACCGUGCUAAGAUAUUCAAUGGUGGCCAGCUUCUAUCUCUUUCCCUUGACAAAGUCUCUGGCUCUGGCUUCAAAUCAAAGAAAGAAUACCUAUUUGGGAGGAUUGAUAUGCAGCUCAAGCUCGUUGCUGGCAACUCUGCUGGCACUGUCACUGCUUACUACUUGUCAUCCCAAGGGCCAACACAUGAUGAGAUUGAUUUCGAGUUUUUGGGAAACCUAAGUGGGGACCCUUAUAUUCUCCACACAAACAUCUUCACCCAAGGCAAAGGUAACAGGGAGCAACAGUUCUAUCUCUGGUUCGACCCCACCAGAAACUUCCACACUUAUUCUAUCAUUUGGAAGCCCCAGCACAUCAUAUUCUUGGUUGAUAACACACCAAUAAGGGUAUUCAAGAAUGCUGAAUCUCUUGGUGUUCCUUUUCCAAAGAACCAGCCCAUGAGAAUCUAUUCUAGCCUCUGGAAUGCUGAUGACUGGGCCACCAGAGGAGGAUUGGUGAAAACUGAUUGGUCCAAAGCACCCUUUACAGCAUACUACCGCAAUUUCAAAGCCACUGAGUUCUCACUCAAGUCUUCCAUUUCAAAUUCUGGUGCUGAAUAUGAGGCAAAUGAGCUUGAUUCUUAUAGCAGAAGAAGACUGAGAUGGGUUCAGAAGUACUUCAUGAUCUAUAACUACUGCAGUGAUCUCAAGCGAUUCCCACAAGGUCUUCCUGCUGAAUGUAGACGCUGAAGGUUCCAAGAGAUGAAGAGAAUGGCCACUUUCUGAUUGGAUUUGAAUCGUCUAUGUAAAAUAUGCUAUCUUAGAUUCUUUAUUGACUUCUGUCUUUUUUUUCUUCCUUUUUUUUAGUUUCUAUUUUAUAGUUGCUAAUGUAUAUGUAUAUUAAGGGGUCUUAACAAUAAAUCAUAUUCUUUGUACCACUUUUCUUGUCAAUAUGGGCAGUUAGUCUCAUCCUAGCUCGUCCACCCGGUGAAAUUGAUCAUGUUGGAAUCAAUUUCUAUCUGUUCAUAUAAUAAAAAGGUGUAGUCAAGUUUAA